CGAGGACUUCUUUCAGGUAUAAUUUGUAUGUAAGCAAAACCCACCAGCCUGUUUUACAUAGCGUCUUGGGGUAUUUCCGUAUUCGUCACAUUCCGUUAAAAACUACAUUUCCCUCAUUGACGUUGACUGUUUGUAGUUAGGGGCAUGUAGUUUUCUGACUCGCCCUGGUACGGGCUUCAAAACACGCUAAAACUUCAAUUCCAAUGCUUCCAUGCGCAGACUGAAGGCGGAAGUGUGUGAAUGUCGUGGUGGAAAAAAGUUUUCAUGGUGGUAUUCGUCCCCGUGUGAAAAGUUAGUCGUUUCUCGACUCUCAUGAGACUCAGUUGAAGUCGCCCGAAGACACCAAAGGGACCAGUAGCUCAGCAGAAUGGGAAGAGGACCACUCGUUCACGUUGGACACAGAGGCUUUGGCUCGGAUUCUCUUAGCCCCGCAAGUCCGAGACAAACAUGUGGUGGUGCUGUCGGUGGCUGGAGCUUUUAGGAAAGGGAAAAGCUUCAUGCUGGAUUUCAUGAUCCGUUACAUGUACAGAAAGGGCAAAGAGGACUGGCUGGGUAAGGAUGAUGAGCCGCUGACCGGAUUUUCUUGGAGAGGUGGGUCAGAACCAGAGACAACUGGCAUCCAGCUGUGGAGCGAAGUUUUCCUCGUGCAAAAGAGCGACGGGACAGAGGUGGCCGUGGUGUUGAUGGACACUCAGGGAGCCUUCGAUGACCAGUCCACCGUGAGGGACUGUGCCACCAUUUUUGCUCUUAGUACCAUGACCAGCUCAGUCCAGAUCUACAAUCUCUCCCAGAACAUUCAGGAGGAUGAUCUGCAGCAGCUGCAGCUGUUCACAGAGUAUGGUCGUCUGGCUCUGGAUGAGAUCUUUCUGAAACCAUUUCAGUCGUUGAUGUUUUUGGUGAGGGACUGGAGCUUUCCUUACGAGUAUCCCUAUGGAUUUAAAGGUGGCAGCGACUUUUUGGAUAAACGGUUACAGGUUAAGGAAGCCCAGCAUGAGGAGCUGCAAACGGUCCGGGAGCACAUCCAUUCCUGCUUCAACAAGAUUUCCUGCUUCCUGUUGCCCCACCCGGGGCUGAAGGUUGCCACCAGCCCUGCGUUUAAGGGACAGCUUUGUGACGUGGCUGCGGAGUUCAAAGAGCAGCUGCAGAGUCUCAUCCCUAAACUUCUGCAUCCGGACCGCCUGGCUGAGAAAGAGAUCAAUGGCAACAAAGUCACCUGCAGAGGCCUGCUGGAGUUCUUCAAGGCGUACAUCAAGAUUUACCAAGGAGAAGACUUGCCACAGCCCAAGACCAUGCUGAUGGCUACAGCAGAGGCCAACAACCUGGCAGCCGUGGCAACAGCUAAAGACCAGUAUUACAAGAACAUGGAGAAGAUGUGUGGGGGAGACCUGCCCUAUGUGGCCCCCCAGUCACUGGAGGAGAAGCACCAGUUUUUCUAUAGAGAGGCUCUCCACUGCUUUUCCUCCACCAAGAAGAUGGGCGGGCAAGAGUUUUGUGACCGCUACCAAGCACAGCUGGAAAGUGAGCUGGAGGAAAUGUGGGAGUCCUUCACCAAGCACAACGAGUCUAAAAACCUCUUCAGCGCCUUCCGGACACCCGCCGUGCUGUUUGUCCUGGUCUGCUUUCUCUACGUUCUGUCAGGCGUUCUGCUCUUUACCGGCCUGUCCACCUUCGCCUUGGUGUGCGACUGCUCUCUGGGCGUGGUCAUGAUGUCCAUGCUGAUAUGGGCCUUCAUUCGCUACUCUGGCCGGUACCGGACUGUCGGCGGAGCCAUCGACCAGGCCGCAGGCGUUGUCCUGGAGCAGGCCACUGUGGUGCUGAACAAGUCAAGAGGAACGAGCACCAGUGACCAGAAGAAAUCCAGUUAGAAGACCUCCGGACCCACGUGAUCCUAAUUCAGAGCGAACAGCACACAAGCACACAUUUAGCACUAAAGCCUUAUCAUCCAUCAGCCACACUGGCACUUGGUAACAGCACAGAGCAAAUACACCAGCAUCUCUAUUGUUAUGCCGAUUACACAGCCGAGAGGCUUGAGCUUAAACACCCAAACUUUUCGUACUUAUAGUUCAUGCCUGCAGCAGACACUGCACUUAGGUGACAAGUUUACAACUUCUCUAAAUGUACAAGCCAAUGUUUACCUUUAAGCUUAAAAAAACACUUAUAUAUUCUAUUUCAGUUUCAGCUGAAUCUCGUUGAGAUAUGCGAGUCGGGAAGGCUUUCCAAAGCCUCCACUCUUUACCUUCAGAUUCUUUCAAAUGCAGCUUUAAAGUUUAUACGGGUUUCCGUGGCUCUAUCUAUUUACUCUCUGGCCUUGAAACAUUCCAUUCCGCCUGUAGAUUUUGUCUUUAUGUUUUAUAUAAAAGUAGCAUUUUCUGGAAGCCAGACAUCUGUGCUUGCUGAGGAAAAGAAAAAUCUGCACUUUCAACUUCCCAAGCCGUGUCGUUCUUCAGUUGAAAUAAGUUUUCUACAUUUUUCUUCUUUGAUGGAAACAUGUUACACUUUAAAAGCACUAAAUAAUGCACAAGGUCUAGAAGUAACAUGUAAAGUAGUGCAACAUAGAUUUUUAGAAAAGUUCAAACUCAAUUGGAAAACUUAAAAGACUUGAGCGGAAAACAAAAAAUAACAAGGAUUCAGCCAAAGAGUUUACCAAUAGUCAUAUCCCUUCAAAUACAUGUAUUCUGAAAUAGUGUCCACUAACUAAUCAGAAGACAGACUGAAAAAGGUUGAUAACGUUAUGGUAAACAACACAGUGAGAACAUGUGAUGAAUACAGUUUUAAAAAAAACACAAGCAUGACGUUCAGACUAAAAUACAGGAAAAAAAACAGCACUAAAUGAGACUUAAUUAAUGAGAUUUAAUUGCUCCGAUCAAAUUUAAAUCUGGACAGAAAUCUGUCACAUGCAGCCAUGCUUCUUCUUAUACCUUUUACUGUUACAUAUAUAGUCAUUAAUGAGUUAGUCUGAGUUAUCCGUACCAUUUACAGACAGUCACUUUUACUUAAAUAACUGUUACUUAAAUGAAUUACUGAAUAUCUUAAAUAGUUUGAAAUGGUGAGCUGUUUGAUACAAAAGGGGAUACUUCAGUGGUCUCCCCAUCAUAUUUCUUAAUAUUUGAUAAAUGUAGUUCAUCGUACAGUCUUUAGCUUGAUAUAGGGCUUUGCUUCAUAACUGCCGUGGACAUAAACCAUACCACAGAAAAAAAAGAAACGGACAUAAAUUUGGGUAGACUUGUUUGUGAUGACAAACCAGCAGUCGGUUGACCAAUCGGCCUCUUUUUCUUCUUUAUUUUAUUCUUUACCGGGUGGAUUUAUAAGCUUUUUCUUUGUGGAGCCGAGCAGCAUCUCAGGCAAACGCAGAAUAAAUUAGGUUUUGAAUUAAAGGCUGAUUAUUAAUGACACUGACCUACAUCUCGCAAUUGCUAUAACGUAAUGUUUUUGUUUAGAUUUGUUAUUUUUUGGUGAUUUUUUUUAAUGGAGAGAUGAAAAUGUAAGUAAAAGCCUGAACGGCAGCAUCUUACCAUCUUGUUUUGAGAGCAGGGUGAAAACACACAGGGGUCGGUAGUAAGGCUUUAAUCUCACCUUGUUCUCAUAUCAUUGCUCUAAAUGCAGGACUUAAGGAAGCUGGGCCAAACUUGAUUAGAGAAGCAACAAAGAUUUUUGACCAUCAUGAUGCACUUUGCCAUUCUUUUUAUUAUAUGGAGGUCGUUGUACAAGCAGUUGCUAUUGCACUUUCCCUCCUCUUUGGUGCUUUUUGCACACAGCUCAUUCCAAAAGUGAAAAAAUACAUGCUUUGGUAACAGCCAAUGUAAUCAUCUCUAUUGAUGGGGUUGGAGGAAUUGAGUAGAGUAAUGCUGUUGUAUAAAGAAUAAACAGAGCUUGAAACUGUUAA